AUGUCACACUAUAGGCCCGAUAAUCUGGUCGAGACCAACAGAUCGGAAAUGUUCACACAGCCCCCAGCACAGCAAAUGAUGGUAUCGACGGUGCAGACGACGCCCAGUUGGGAGAUGUGGAACUCCAGCGAAGAGAAGUCACCAAGCCCGACCGAGGAGGAGCGCGAAGAGGACGAGAUCUGGGAGCCAAAGGAUCUACGGCGGAUGGGGUACCUCGACGCCGGCGGCAACUGGCGCUGUCGGUUCGAGGGCUGCCGCUCGCCGCGGGUCUUCGCGCGCGCUUGCGACCUGAGAAAGCACUUCCGCGGCCACGAAAAGUACUUCUUCUGCGCCGAGACGCCGUGCGCGGGCGCCGGCGUGGGCUUCGCGACCCGCAAGGACUACCAGCGGCACAUGGGUUCCCACCGGCCGACCAUCCAGUGCCCUCAUCCGGACUGCGGGCGGAUGUUCAGUCGGAAAGACAACAUGAGAGAUCAUUUCAAAAAGAUUCACCAGCGGCUCAGGAACAACUUGUUUCCCAAGCCGUGCCGCAGGCCACGCCGUGGUCAGGCCGCUAAAGUUGCCGGUUCCAAAGGUUGA